AUGGAUUGGUAUCCAAGAGAGCACGUGAGGAAGAGAGGACGCCCGCCGAAAGACUGGGACAAGGAGAUGAAGAAGACCUGCAGGGGAGCAGCCCGGAAGAAAGUAGCAUUAGAGAGGAAAGAUUGGAAAAGGAUGGGUCAGGAAUUCAACCACUUCCUUCAUUCGAGGCUGGUAAGGAAUUCCGUUGGCACCAAAAGCUUCGCAGGUUCAUUUAAUUUUGAUUAG